AAAAAGCGUAAUAAUAGUUUAAAGGAAAGUCGGCGGAAAUUGAAGCAAACAUGUCAGGGGAAGUGCGUUUGAGGCAGUUGGAGCAGUUCAUUCUGGACGGGCCGGCUCAGACCAAUGGGCAGUGCUUCAGCGUGGAAACCUUACUGGACAUACUUAUCUGCCUUUAUGAUGAAUGCAGUAAUUCUCCAUUGAGAAGAGAGAAGAACAUUCUUGAAUACCUGGAAUGGGCUAAACCAUUUACUUCUAAAGUGAAACAAAUGCGAUUACAUAGAGAAGACUUUGAAAUAUUAAAGGUGAUUGGUCGAGGAGCUUUUGGAGAGGUUGCUGUAGUGAAACUCAAAAAUGCAGAUAAAGUAUUUGCCAUGAAAAUAUUGAAUAAAUGGGAAAUGCUGAAAAGAGCUGAGACAGCAUGUUUUCGUGAAGAAAGAGAUGUGUUAGUGAAUGGAGACAAUAAAUGGAUUACAGCUUUGCAUUAUGCUUUCCAGGAUGACAAUAACUUAUACCUAGUUAUGGAUUAUUAUGUUGGUGGGGAUUUGCUUACUCUGCUCAGCAAAUUUGAAGAUCGAUUGCCUGAAGAGAUGGCCCGAUUUUACUUGGCUGAGAUGGUGAUAGCCAUUGAUUCAGUUCAUCAACUGCAUUAUGUACACAGGGACAUCAAACCUGACAAUAUAUUGAUGGACAUGAAUGGACAUAUUCGGUUAGCAGAUUUUGGUUCUUGCCUGAAACUGAUGGAAGAUGGAACGGUCCAGUCCUCAGUGGCUGUUGGAACUCCAGAUUAUAUCUCUCCUGAAAUCCUUCAAGCCAUGGAAGAUGGAAAAGGCAGAUAUGGACCUGAGUGUGACUGGUGGUCUUUGGGGGUCUGUAUGUAUGAAAUGCUUUAUGGAGAAACACCAUUUUAUGCAGAAUCUCUGGUGGAGACAUAUGGAAAAAUCAUGAAUCACAAAGAAAGGUUUCAGUUUCCAGUUCAAGUGACUGAUGUGUCUGAAAAUGCCAAAGAUCUUAUUCGAAGGCUUAUUUGUAGCAGAGAACAUCGACUUGGUCAAAAUGGAAUAGAAGACUUUAAGAAACACCCAUUUUUCAGUGGAAUCGAUUGGGAUAAUAUUCGAAACUGUGAAGCACCUUAUAUUCCAGAAGUUAGUAGCCCAACAGAUACAUCAAAUUUUGAUGUGGAUGAUGACUGUUUAAAGAAUUCUGAAACGAUGCCCCCACCAACACACACUGCAUUUUCUGGUCACCAUCUGCCAUUUGUUGGUUUUACAUAUACCAGUAGCUGUGUUCUUUCUGAUAGGAGCUGUUUAAGAGUUACUGCUGGUCCCACAUCACUGGAUCUUGAUGUUAAUGUUCAGAGGACUCUAGAUAACAACUUAGCAACAGAGGCUUAUGAAAGAAGAAUUAAGCGCCUUGAGCAGGAAAAACUUGAACUUAGUAGAAAGCUUCAAGAGUCAACACAGACUGUCCAAGCUCUGCAGUAUUCAACUGCUGAUGGUCCACUAACAGCAAGCAAAGACUUAGAAAUAAAAAACUUAAAAGAAGAGAUUGAAAAGCUAAGGAAACAAAUAAGAGAAUCAAGUCACUUGGAACAGCAACUUGAAGAAGCUAAGGCUGUAAGGCGAGAGCUGGAUGAUGCUUUUAGACAAAUCAAGGCUUAUGAGAAACAAAUCAGAGCAUUACAACAAGAACGGGAGGAAUUAAAUAAGGAACUAGUCCAGGCUAGUGAGCGAUUAAAAAACCAAUCCAAAGAGCUGAAAGACGCACACUGUCAGAGGAAACUGGCCAUGCAGGAAUUCAUGGAGAUCAAUGAGCGGCUAACAGAAUUGCACACCCAAAAACAGAAACUUGCUCGCCAUGUCCGAGAUAAGGAAGAAGAGGUGGACCUGGUGAUGCAAAAAGUUGAGAGCUUAAGGCAAGAACUGCGCAGAACAGAAAGAGCCAAAAAAGAGCUGGAAGUUCAUACAGAAACUGUAGCUGCUGAAGCAUCUAAAGACAGGAAACUGCGUGAACAAAGUGAGCACUAUUCUAAGCAACUGGAAAAUGAAUUGGAGGGACUGAAGCAAAAACAAAUAAGUUACUCACCAGGGGUAUGUAGCAUAGAACAUCAGCAAGAGAUAACCAAGCUAAAGACCGAUUUGGAAAAGAAGAGUAUCUUUUAUGAAGAAGAAUUGUCUAAAAGAGAAGGUAUACAUGCAAAUGAAAUUAAAAAUCUGAAGAAAGAACUGCAUGAUUCAGAAGGCCAGCAACUUGCUCUCAACAAAGAAAUUAUGAUUUUGAAGGACAAAUUGGAAAAAAACAGGAGAGAGAGUCAAAGUGAAAGGGAAGAAUUUGAAAAUGAGUUCAAACAACAGUACGAACGAGAAAAAGUGUUGUUAACUGAGGAAAAUAAAAAACUGACAAGUGAACUCGAUAAGCUUACCACUUUGUAUGAGAACUUAAGUAUGCACAACCAGCAGUUAGAAGAAGAGGUGAAGGAUUUAGCAGACAAGAAAGAAUCAGUUGCACAUUGGGAAGCCCAAAUCACAGAAAUAAUUCAGUGGGUCAGUGAUGAAAAGGAUGCACGGGGCUAUCUUCAGGCCUUGGCUUCUAAAAUGACUGAAGAAUUGGAAGCAUUGAGAAGUUCCAGCUUGGGUACAAGAGCAACGGAUAUGCCCUGGAAAAUGCGUCGUUUUGCAAAACUGGAUAUGUCGGCUAGACUGGAAUUGCAGUCAGCUCUGGAUGCAGAAAUAAGAGCUAAACAGGCCAUCCAAGAAGAGCUAAAUAAAGUUAAAGCAUCUAACAUCAUAACAGAAUGUAAAUUAAAAGAUACUGAGAAGAAGAACUUGGAACUACUGUCAGAAAUCGAACAGCUGAUAAAGAACACUGAAGAGCUUAGAUCUGAAAAGGGUAUAGAGCACCAAGACUCACAGCAUUCUUUCUUGGCAUUUUUGAAUACGCCUACCGAUGCUCUGGAUCAAUUUGAAGAUUCCUUUUCUUCUUCCUCAUCUUCACUGAUUGAUUUUUUGGAUGACCGCUCUCCAUCCUGUACUGCAGCUAGCAAAGGCAGACGUAUUGUAGACUCUACUCCUCUUCCAGUUCACACACCAACCUUAAGGAAAAAGGGAUGCCCUGGUUCAACUGGCUUUCCACCUAAGCGCAAGACUCAUCAGUUUUUUGUUAAAUCUUUUAUGACACCCACCAAAUGUCAUCAGUGUACUUCUUUGAUGGUGGGUUUGAUAAGACAGGGAUGUUCCUGUGAAGUGUGUGGAUUCUCAUGUCAUAUAACUUGUGUAAACAAAGCUCCAACUGCUUGUCCAGUUCCUCCUGAACAGACGAAAGGGCCCCUGGGUAUAGAUCCACAGAAGGGAAUAGGAACAGCGUAUGAAGGUCAUGUCAGGAUCCCUAAGCCAGCUGGAGUGAAGAGAGGAUGGCAGCGGGCCCUCGCUGUGGUCUGUGACUUCAAGCUCUUUCUGUAUGACACUGCUGAAGGAAAAGCUUCACAGCCCAGUGUUGCAGUCACUCAGGUGAUUGACAUGAGGGAUGAAGAAUUUUCUGUGAGUUCAGUCUUGGCUUCUGAUGUUAUUCAUGCAAGUCGAAAAGAUGUACCCUGUAUAUUUAGAGUCACAGCUUCCCAGCUCUCAGCAUCUAGUAGCAAAUGUUCGAUCCUGAUGCUGGCAGAUACUGAGAACGAGAAGAGUAAGUGGGUAGGAGUGCUGAGUGAAUUGCACAAGAUUCUGAAGAAAAACAAAUUCAGGGACCGCACAGUCUAUGUUCCCAAAGAGGCUUAUGACAGCACUCUACCCCUCAUUAAAACAACACAGGCAGCUGCAAUCAUAGAUCAUGAAAGAAUAGCUUUGGGAAAUGAAGAAGGGUUAUUUGUUGUGCAUGUCACCAAAGAUGAAAUUAUCAGAGUUGGUGACAACAAGAAAAUUCAUCAGAUUGAACUCAUUCCAAACGAUCAGCUUGUUGCUGUGAUCUCUGGACGAAAUCGUCAUGUACGACUUUUUGCUAUGUCAGCUUUGGACGGACGAGAGACUGACUUUUAUAAGCUGGCAGAAACUAAAGGGUGUCAAACCAUAACUUCUGGAAAAGUGUGCCAUGGAGCUCUUACAUGCCUGUGUGUGGCUAUGAAAAGGCAGGUCCUCUGUUAUGAACUAUUUCAGAGCAAGACCCGUCACAGAAAAUUUAAGGAAAUUCAAGUCCCUUAUAAUGUCCAAUGGAUGGCAAUCUUCAGCGAACAGCUCUGUGUGGGAUUCCAGUCAGGAUUUCUAAGAUACCCCUUGAAUGGAGAAGGAAGUCCAUACAGCAUGCUCCAUUCAAAUGAUCACACCCUAUCAUUUAUUGCACAUCAGCCAGUGGAUGCCAUCUGUGCAGUUGAAAUCUCCAGUAAAGAAUAUCUGCUGUGUUUUAACAGCAUUGGGAUAUACACGGACUGCCAGGGCCGAAGAUCUAGACAGCAGGAACUGAUGUGGCCAGCAAAUCCUUCCUCUUGUUGUUACAAUGCACCGUAUCUCUCGGUGUAUAGUGAAAACGCAGUUGAUAUCUUCGAUGUGAACUCCAUGGAAUGGAUUCAGACUCUCCCACUCAAAAAGGUCCGACCCUUAAACAGUGAAGGAUCGUUAAAUCUGUUAGGGCUGGAGACAAUUAGAUUAAUAUAUUUCAAAAAUAAGAUGGCAGAAGGAGAUGAAUUGGUAGUUCCUGAAACAUCAGAUAAUAGUCGGAAACAGAUGGUUAGAAGUAUUAACAACAAGCGGCGUUAUUCCUUCAGAGUCCCAGAAGAGGAGAGGGUGCAACAGAGGAGAGAGAUGCUACGAGAUCCAGAAAUGAGAAAUAAAUUAAUUUCUAACCCAACUAAUUUUAACCACAUAGCACACAUGGGUCCAGGAGAUGGAAUACAGAUCCUAAAAGACCUUCCCAUGAACCCUCGGCCUCAGGAAAGUCGGGCAGUAUUCAGUGGCUCUGUCAGUAUUCCAUCUAUCACCAAAUCCCGCCCUGAGCCUGGUCGCUCCAUGAGCGCCAGCAGUGGCCUGUCAGCAAGGUCAUCUGCACAGAACGGCAGCGCGUUAAAGAGAGAAUUCUCUGGAGGAAGCUACAGUGCGAAGUGGCAGCCCGUGCCCUCCCCGUCCGAGGGCUCACUGUCUUCAGGAGGCAUGGACCAGGGGAGUGAUGCGCCAGCGAGGGACUGUGACGGAGAGGACUCUGAUUCCCCGAGGCAUUCCACCGCUUCCAACAGCUCCAACCUGAGCAGCCCUCCCAGCCCCGUGUCACCCCGGAAGACCAAGAGCCUCUCUUUGGAGAGCACUGACCACGGGAGCUGGGACCCCUGAACUGCCUCAGUGCUCACGCCUGAUAAGAGCCCUUCCCUGCUGGCUCCCCACCCUGCUCUCCUUUCCUCACGCCCUCUGCCUCUGCCUGGAAGCACAGGGCUGGCAGCAGCCCCAGGGUGGGGGUUCAGGAGUUCUGACUCUGACUCUGUGACUCUCAGAUCCCGUGACCCACACCCCUCCACUUACAGCAGCAGCCGUAAGGGCACACUUCCAUCCCGCAGCUUAGAUUCAUACUGAUUCAGUUCUGUACACGAGAGUGACUUUCCAUGCUAUUUUACACCCCUCCCCUCCCAGAAGGUAGCCUAAGUACACAGAUCCCACAAAUGUAAGUGAUAAGAACAAGAUCAGGCAGACUGUUUUCCCUGUAGAAUCUCAUAGUCCUGAGAUUACCACCUGGCGUCCCGUCGUCCCAGCACGGCACACCCAGCUCUCACUCAGCACCUGCAGUGAAUGACCGCCUGAUCGGUGCCAGUAAAUCCUUAGUAACUAAAACUGCAUAUUUUACUACAAUACAGAGUUUAAAUACACAAAAGUAGAGGUUAAAUAUUGAAUGUAUAUAGUAAAAAAAAGCAUCUUGUAGUCAGCAAAAGAUGGAUGCAUAUAUGAGAGAUCAUUUAAUUUAAAGAGAUGUGUUGUUUUCUUGUCUGUCCUCAGCCAAGUAAUUUAAAGGGUAGGAAGGCCUCCGGCUGACACUUGCAGGCAUUCAUAGAGGGAGAGCGAGAGGAAUCAGAGUUCCCUUUAGCACCAGUUCUCAAACCGGCUGAGGUCACAGUUACCCAGGAGCUUUAGAACAACACUCAGAGACUUUGGCUUCCUUAGUUUGGAGUGUGGCCUGGCACAGACGUAACAUGGAAAGCCUCUUCAGCAGCAUGAUCAAAAGGCAUAUUUACUUCAAGACAUUUUUCUAUUAGUAGAAUUUGAACCACGCUUCUCAAUUUUUAUAUUUUGGUAUCUUCUGCAGAUGAAUGUAGAAAAGCAGUUUUGCCACCUUCCAAUCCCUUCCAUUGAAAGGACAUGUGGAAUGUCAUGGCUUCUGGAGGUCCAUAAAAAGGCUCACGAAAGUGCUUUCUUCCUGGGCUAAUCCACUCCCUGAGUUGCCAUGAGGCAUCUGUCCCCCAGCUGAGCCGGCUUCCCUGGGGAGCUGUCUGUUAUGACAGUGGUGUCAGCUUCCUCAAAUAAGCCUGGGGGGAAAAAAAGGUUUAAUUACCAAAUAAUAUAAAACCUCAAGUGCAAGAACUUGAACAGCCUUAACCAAAUAUUCUCCCACACUCGGUGGAAAAGGACGCGUCCCACCCCAGGGUGCAGGCAGGACAGUAGCCUGGCAUGGCCUUCUUGCCUGGGCCUGAGUUUCCUCCGUCAGUUGCUACACUGUGCAGUUGGUUACAUUUCCUUUCAAUUCCUGCUGUUUUAAUUACCAAGAGGAAAUGAGCUGCAGAACCAGAAAUUUCUCCAGUCAUUUCACCAGUUAAGUACCUAAGUAGAGAAAGAGGUAGAAAUAAAAGUGACUCAUUAUUAAGAGAGUUUGUCCCUUUUACAUUUCUAAAUUUCUCUGAGAAAUAGAAACAGGGUUUUCUGCUCUUUAAGAUCCAGCUCAAAGGAAGAGCCGUGCGGUUGAGCCUGUGUUCCGCCUGGGUUCACACCCUCCUCUGAGCCGAGGGCCUUCCCAGCCCGGCCAGGGAGCUGAGCCUUUUCCCGGUUGAUGCUACUCUGAGGAGAAAGCUGCCAGGAGCAGGGAGGGAAGAAAGGAUCCUGCCUGGGGAUUAUGUUGCAAAGGGUUACCAGGGAGAAGUGAAAGUAAUAACAUCUGCCUGCAGGUGUAGUUUAUUUUACUUUGGCUUAAUUCACAGCACAAUUCUAGUCAUAAUUCACUGCACAGUUCUCAUCGCCUUCAUCUUUAGGCCUUUGGAAAACCACUUUUGUCCACCCAGAUACUGAGGGUCACACCUUGAGUUUGGUUGUUGCACGUGAUCCUGGUACCUCCUCAAAACUGGCGCUAAUCAGCCCACGGCGCGUGGGGCCUGACUAGUGCUGCCCCUCCUCCCUCCGCUGCCCUGGCAGGAUUCGCUCUCCCACUAAGCCAAUAGCUUCUAGUUUUGUCAACCAAGUGUAAACUUUUGUUUCCUGUAGAUGCUGAUUUUUUAAAGCAUGCUUUUAGGAUCAGAAUACCCCCAACCUGAAGCCUGGCCGCCACUGCAGUAGGUCACAUGGGCAGAUGAGGGAGCCGCUGAGGCUGUGCGGCCGCCAGAUCACUGCACGUGUAGUAGUAGCCUGGUGGGUCACACCACAGCACGUCCUGAGUUUUCCACAGCCAUCUUCAGUGGUCCUACUAGCUGUAAUGGAGCAGUCCCAAAUGUGAUAGAUUCUAACAGCAGGACUUUGGGAGAAACACUGGGUUUGGGGCGGGGCUUCCUAAGAUAAUGGUCAACCCACAGGGCUUAUCCCCACUCUUCAGUAAGAGGCAGUUACCUUCAGAAGCUUCUGAAAGGAAUGAUUUGAAAAGGUGGGGAGUGGGUUCCAGGGAAACAGGAAACAUGAUCACUCAAAGGGUCAGAAACACCAAUCAUGGAAAAGGCAAGGUGCUGCUGUCUGCUGUCAAUCUUUCUGUGUAGAAAGUAUUUUUAAAGUAUAGGGCAGCAGGAACUUACUUCUCUAGGAAAAGGAAAAAUAGAUGGAGAAGCAUUUCUGGCUUAGUCUGUAUGUGUUGGUAUUUGGUGCUAUAUCUAUGUCCAGCCAAUUUGUUGUCUACCCUUGAAUUCUGACUAAUCUAGCCAUGUGUUUUAGGUGUAUAAAAUUAUAUAUACACAUAAAUAUUUUCCUUUUUGCCAAAAACAAAAUACUUCCUCCUCGUCAAAUGAUCACUAAAGCAGAUUGCGCUUUUUUAGCUUGGUGUUUGCCCACAUACAUGCACCCACACCGGUCCCUAGGCUUAGAGGUUUGUGUUCUUUCCCAGGGAGCUGUCUCAAGGCCGUGAGGUACACUACAAAGGGCCCAUCCAUUUCGUUUUCCAAGCAGUUUAUAUACCCAAGCUUCAGGGAAGAAUCUGAAAUUACUGUUAUGUUUAUAGCAGUCUGUCAUUCCCGGUUUUCUCUCAACCUCUCUCUGCCUUCCAUAUGGUUACAUUAUGUAAUUUUGUCACUUAAUCACCACAUCUACUUAUGUGAAAGACCAGUUGCAUUUAUAUGAACUCAUAUCAGAAAAGAGCAGGGGGCAGACAUCCCAAACCCCCCAGGUGCAGCAGGGCUGUUUGCCAGCCUUUCAAGUGGUCACACACUGCUAAGUGGGGCAUGGCAUGCUCACCACCCACUGGACAGAGGCUGCUGCCCGAGUCCGCUGGGCACCACAGGGAAGUCUCUUUACUGGUCUCCUGAGUUCGUAAGCACCUGAUGUCUCACUGAGUCCAUCUUAAACCCUUUCUUCAUUACAACUAUUAUUCAAGUUCUCUGGGAAGACCCACUAGAGAAGAGGGCCUUGCUUCAGCUGGUGUCCAUCUCCCCUCCCAGCUCUGCCCAGCUGGCUGGCAUUUCCCCACUCUUGGGGCAGCCAUACACACACGAGACCAUUUCAUUUAUGGGGAUUGACCAAAAGAAAAAAUUCCAUGAAAACAAAAUGACCUGCCUUUUUAUUUGAUAGUGUGAUACCAUUUAUAAAAUUUUUAGGAUUUUUUCUCAUUGUAAUAUUAUUGUACAGUUUUGCAUGGCCUAGGUGUAAUCAUUUUUUUGUUUAGAAUAUAAUGCUGACAAAUGUGUGUAUGGAAGGGGAAAAGAUAAUCGAUUUGGCCUCUGAUCACUCCUUUUUUCAUUUCGUUUGGUUUUAUGCCCUCAGUGUCUUAGGGAACUUUAUAAGAGAUUCUCUGCUACCAAACAAUGGUGUGGAUUCUUUUUUGCACAGAAAUAUUUAAGGUGGGAUAGUCAAAAAAUGUAAAGGACUCCUCGCUACUCUUUUAUGUUGGUAUCACUUAUUAACCAGACUUUGAUGUAUUGCAAUAAAACAGGGAACUGUUA